UAGAGGGGAGGCUGAGCUUCCUGAAUUGCAGGUUUUCCAAAAAAGCUUAAUCCGGAUGGUUACAUUAACGAGCAGUUUUUUGGUUUUGUUGGGGUGUGUGAAUGGGAGGGGUGCAUGCAUGUUGGCCAUCCCUUAAGGCGGAUUGACUAGUCUGGAGCACUCAUUUUAAGAAGGAUGAAUUGAAAAACUGGAUUUUCUCCUCUCCCCCCGGUCCUUUUUAAAAAAAUUACUGCAUACUGUUAGGAUGAAUCCACUUUAGAUAUUCCCGAAUAAGAGAACCGAGGUACAUUUGCUGGUUUGGAUUUAAUCCACGCCUUUUCGUCGUUUUGACAUUGAGAGUGGAGGAGGAGGGCGGAGAAACUCCUUGGAAGCUGCAGGAACAGGAGCGCGGAGAAAGAGGAGCAGCCUCGGCGGGGGAACGAACUUCGAAGCGGAGGAUCAAAGAGUGCAAAGGAAGAUGGGGGCUCUUGCUUCUUUAAUAACAGAGGGGAAGUGCAAGUCAGAAGUUUGGUAGUGCCCUCAGUGCAGCACAGAGCCAACCGCAUCUUUCAUUGAACAUCCACAAAGGCCUGCCUGCUUAGAUUUGGAGGAUGUGGUGGGGUAUGCUGCAAAGAAAGGAGUAAGAGGUGCCGAAUCCCAAUCUAUGAACUUUCGACUGGGUUUUAUACUAGCAGGAGAAUCACAGCAACAUGGCUUCGUUGGACUUUCCUCAUGUGGUGAUAAAACUAGAAGAAGAGGAGAUACCCUGGCUGCCAAAUAACCAGGGAUCAGAGGAAAGUGAGACUUUCCCUGGUACCUGUGCAGCAGGAUUUGCUGUUCCCAAAUCUGAGGUGGUCCAUGCGAGAGAUCCUUGGAUUCCGGAGCCUGUUUCAGAGGAAAGGGACUACGGCUCAGAGCUUCCCGAUGUGAUUGUAAAGCUGGAGGAAGAAGAGGAGCCGUGUGUUCCAUAUCGCCUAGGAUCAGAGGGAAGCAAAAUAUUCCACAGGGCCCAAUCAGGAGAUGGCCAUAAAAGAAUCCACGUGGGAGAAACUCCAUAUUACUCAGGCUUUGGGAAAAGCAUCAGUGUUAACCCGGAUCUUAUCAAACAAGAAACGCAGAAUGCAGCAGAGAAACCACACAAAUGCUCACGCUGUGCAAAAAGCUUCAUGAAACGAUCCAACCUUCGCACCCAUGAGAGGAUCCAUACAGGAGAAAAGCCGUUCCGGUGCUCCGAGUGUGGAAACAGCUUCAGCGACGGGUCCAGCUUGAUUAGGCAUAAGAGAAAACACACUGGGGAAAAACCCUACAGCUGUUCGCAGUGUGGGAAAAGGUUCAACCAGAGUUCCAGUCUCAUCAGGCACGAGAGAAGCCACACGGAACAGAGACCUUACAAAUGCUUGGAAUGCGGCAAGAGGUUCAACCAAAGUUCGACCCUGGUUCGGCACCAGAGAAUCCACCGAGAACAGAGACCAUACAAAUGCUCAGACUGUGGCAAAAGAUUCAUUCAGAGCUCCAGCCUCCUUGCACAUGAGAGAAUUCACUUAGGGCAGAAACCUUACGGUUGCGCCGUCUGUGGCAAGGGCUUUGUCCAAAGAUCCAACCUUCUUAUCCACGAGAUGAAGCACACCGGUCUGAAACCGUUCAAGUGCACCGACUGUGGAAAAGGAUUCAAUCAGAAUUCCAGCCUCGUCAUACACAGGAGAAUCCACACAGGAGAAAAACCCUACAACUGUUCCCAUUGUGGACGACGGUUCAGCGACAAAUCGAGCCUGAACAAACAUGAGAGGGCUCACAGAGGAGACAAACCGUACAAGUGCUCAACCUGUGGGAAAAGCUUUGUGCGGAGGUCUCAUCUUCUCACCCAUGAAAGGAUUCACACGGGAGUGAAACCUUUCAAGUGCUCAGACUGCGGGAAGAGCUUUAGUAGCCGAUCGCACCUCAUAAGGCACGAGGGAACCCACACUGGAGAAAAACCAUACGAUUGCUCUUUUUGUGGGAAGAGUUUCAACAGAAAAUCCAACCUGACAAACCACGAGAGGACCCACACAGGAGAGAAGCCAUUCAAGUGCACAGACUGUGGGAAAAGCUUUAGCGAUCGGUCGAGCUUGAUCAAACAUGAGAGGAUCCACACAGGUGAGAAACCAUAUAGCUGCUCGGCCUGUGAGAAAAGCUUCAGCGACAAAUCAAGCCUCAUCCGCCACGAAAGAAUCCACACAGAAGAGAAGCCAUAUAAAUGUUCAGACUGCGGGAAAGGGUUUAAUCAGAGCUCCAGCCUCAUCGUCCAUGAGAGAACCCACACGGGGGAGAAGCCAUUUAAAUGCUCAGAUUGCGGGAAAGGCUUCAUUAGGAGAACGAUUCUAAACAAGCAUGAGAGAACUCACGUAGGAGAAAAACAGUAAAGACAGAUUGUGGGUGAACAGCCCGAUGUGGCGAUGGAACAUAGCCUGUUUGAUAUAAGUGUGUUCUUGCAUGACACAGGAACUAGUGUAUGAUGUUGGCUCACAGCUGAAGUGAACAAGACAUUGGAAGUCCUUGAUGAAUCUCUCUUAAUUUUUCACUCAGUGGCAGCUGUGGAGGCUGAUAUGGAUUGGUACCAGCAAAAGGGUGUUAAUCUUCUUUCCCCCUGCAUCCCCCAACUCCCCGCCACCAUUCCCCUGCUAAUUUCUUGAUAUAACACAACCUGGUGUAGUGGUUAAGAGCAGCAGGACUCUAAUCUGGAGAGCUGGGUUUGAUUCCUCUCUCCUCCACUUGAAGGCAGCUGGGUCAGUCACAGCUCUCUCAGAGCUCUCUCAGCCCCAUCUACCUCACAGGGUUGAGUGUUGUGAGGAUAAUAAUAGCACACUUUGUAAACUGCUCUGAUUGGGCUUUAGGGUGUCCUGAAGGGUGGUAUAUAAAUCACGUUAUUAUUAUUUAUUCUGGGGAUACUAUUUGCCCCAGCAUGGAAAAUUUACAUUUUUCCCUUUGGGGGGUGGGAUAAAGAGGAUCUCUGGCAGGAGCCAAUUCCUAUCUGGAAACUGUGGUAUUUAGUUCAUUUUUAAAUGCAUAUAUGUUUUUCCUUCCUCCAUUUUCUUGCACUAGCUGUGGGAUGUGGGUUAGUUGAAAUGGAAAUCUUUACUAAAUGAGUCCUUUACACCUCCGUGCCCAUCAUGGCAGUAAAUAUCAGGGGGCUCCCCACAGCCGAUAUUUAGCAAAUUUUAAUGAGAGAUCCAAUCAAGUGACCUUCUAAAUCUCCUCCAGUUUGGCUCUUAAGAGAUUGUGAUCCAGUUCACAUAGCAACUUUGCUUUGAUUUAGGAGGGCUUAGGCAAGCUAUUCUGUUUUAGCCAUAUCCCGUGUCCCUCGAUGGGAUGUGACUGUGUGGGCUCGCCAUCCCGUGUAGUGCUAAGCUUACCUCAUUGAAAUCUGCUGGCUAAUAUGACUUAGAAUAUGACUAAGAAACUGGUGUAAUCCAACAGUUUAGAAGUUUGACAAGAAUAGCUUUGACUAAGUGGAUGGUUCUUUAAGGGGAGGGGCUGGGAAAGUUGCAUUAUUGGGGUGGGAGAUGAACUUUCUGAUUUUAAAAAAGUGGGUUUAUGACACUACAAAAUAACAAUAUUUGAUUGAUGUAGAUAAAAGAGGGCAUGAGAGUGUAUUUUUUCAUAAAAUGACAAGUAUCUGGAAGAAGACUAAUACAUGGAUUGUGGCAGGCUUAAACAUACAUUGCUUGGAGGGUAGCACUAAUAUCUUUCUACAUAGGGAGAUGUUACCCAUAGAAAAGGAAUGUACAAAAAUGGCUUCCCAACUUGUCUGCACAGUGCAACCCAGAGAUAUGUUCAUAGUUCAUGCUAUACAUACUUUGUACCCUGAGUCUUUUACCCACCUCACACUGAUGAUCUUUGCCCAGGAAAUUCCACGGAAAUUCUGAAGGGGGGUGUUAAUUCUUGUUUUUGAAAAGAUUUGAUUAUCUAUUCUAAUAAAUUAUCUCUGUAUGCUGUCUUUUUUGCUGAACCUGGAAGCAGACUCCAAAGAACUUGGCAACGUUAAUUAACUUACUGAAUUUGCUGCCAUUAGUGUUUUACCUACAAUAAUCAGUGAUAGUUUUUGUAGUGUAUACAGUUGGGAAUAGCUAAAAUACAUUCUCCACCUCUACAGGCAGUGUUCCUUUGAAUCCCAGUUAACUUGGGAACAAACAGAAGAGGAGGGCUGUUGGCUUUAUGACCUGCUUUGCAGGCUUCCAGAAGACAUUUGAUUUUUUUUUGUUUAUAGGGUGAGAAACACAGAUUCUAAAGCCUGUUGGAAACUAUUUGAAUGCUACUCAUACUUUCUCUGUAUUCUGAGGCAUGGUCUAUAUUUCAGGGCAGUGUCUGAGUGCUCAACCUUCCCUCCUCACACUUCAUGUCCAUCUUACCCCUACUGCUUCGUAUCCUACAGUACAUUUGAACUUUGAAUUUUCUCAGGUUAUUCCUCCAUCUUCUCUCUGCCCAUGCCAAGUGGCAAAUCAGUCUUCAGGUCAAGAAUUGUCAGCGAGUAAUGGGUGAUAUGUUUGUUAAGGCCUGAUAUUCAAAGAUACGACAUCCAGAAUCCUGCUGGGGGAGAGUGUAAACUCAAUCUUCAGACCCUGACUAGGCCCAGUUAAAUCCAAGCACUCCACUGAGAACUACAUCUACUAUCUAAGGAAAAUAGGUAUAGCUGAAUACAUUUGCUUAUUUAGUUUCCCCAAAGACCCCCUGUUAAUUAUAUGAUGUAUUGCAGAGCAAUGACAUGAGGGCAGGGCUGCUGUUCUCAGUGGCUGACCAUAAGUAUAGCGCUCCCUCUUGGUGGGGACUCUCCAAAACCCAAGCCAGAGCAUGUUUGGAAGUGUUCUAUCAGUCCAUGAAGGCCUUUGGAGCUGUAGUUUAAGUUGAGAAAGGUGUGUGAAGGUGGGUCAUCUAAUUGGAGAGGAUUUUAUUUUAUUUUGUGGAAUGGGUUUUGUAGCCUGUUCCUAGCCCUUCAGGAGGGGGCAGACCUAUGUAUCUAAAUAAAUAGUUUUGUUGUGUUA